UAGUAUUAGGAGAACGAGUUGUCAGUGCUGCUAGUUGACAAAAUGUCAACGUUCCCGGCGCAGUGUUUAUCAUUAACACAGCGGAGAAGCACACUGCUUUUAUUAGUGUUCACUCUUAUAGCGAUCGCACCGAUUAAUGCUGUAUCAGAACCGGGGAAAUGGAUCCUCAAUGUGGACAGCGAUUUGAUAAAGACACAAAGCUACUUCUAUUUUCCAAAGACAAUGUUUAAUAACUCUAUUAUUGAACUAAAAUGGCUCAAUGAGAACUGCAGUUCUUCUGUAAACCUGAGCAUAUCGUGGUAUCUGCGCAGCUCCCGAUGCUACGAUGAAGUGUUUGGCUUGGACGCUCAAAAAGCAAAAGAUUACUUUAACAGCAAUACAGUGGUCAGAGAGGGAGAUAGUGGUUACUAUAUCAUCCACUUUUAUGAUCCAAUCCAGUGCCAGCCACACAUGACCAUGAAUACGCUGGCUGUGUCAGUGCCUGAUAAGCCAAUAAUGUUGAAAACUCUACAGUUGAAACCACCGGAUACUCCAGAAAGAAGGAAGAGAGAAAAAGAGGUUCCAGAUGAGGCUGCAAAAGAAUCAAGCAAGGCUGUGGAAAGCAAAGACAAACCUAUGAUGGCUGUCAAGGAUCAGGUUCCAGAUGAGGCUGCAAAAGAAUCAAGCAAGGCUGUGGAAAGCAAAGGCAAACCUAUGACGGCUGUCAAGGAUCAGAGCUCUUUACACAAUACGGUGGCGCAGACAUGGGAGGACAGCCCCUACAUGUUCAUCAUACAUUUUGUUGAACCGCCUACAGAAACAAAAUGGAGCGUUACGUUGGAAGUUAAAAUGUCGGGGCCUCAUCAGUAUAUCUCAGCCUCACAGUGGCCCUUAAUGAUUUUCUACAUGGUGAUGUGCAUCAUUUACGUGCUGCUUGGAGUUUUCUGGCUGGCACUGUCCGCCUGCUACUGGAGAGACUUGUUGCGGAUACAGUUCUGGAUCGGAGGGGUAAUUUUUCUGGGCAUGCUAGAGAAAGCUGUCUACUAUGCAGAGUUUCAGAGCAUCCGUUAUGAUGGACUCUCAGUCCAGGGUGCGGUGGUGUUUGCUGAGGUGCUUUCUGCUGUGAAGCGGACUCUGGCUCGGGUGCUUGUCAUUAUUGCCAGCCUUGGUUAUGGCAUUGUCAAACCUAGGCUGGGAGCUUUGUUGCACAGGGUUGUGGGAGUUGGAUUGCUCUACCUUAGCUUCUCGAUCGUAGAGGGAGUGCUUAGAGUCAACUCGGAGCAGGGGGGCUCCAGCAGGCUACUGUGUGACAUUGUUCUGGCUGUUACUGACUCUUGCAUUGUGUGGUGGAUCUUCACAAGCCUGGCACAGACCAUGAAGCUUCUGCGACUGAGGAGAAACGUAGUGAAGCUCUCUCUCUACCGCCACUUCACCAACACACUCCUCUUUGCAGUCAUAGCAUCAGGCAUUUUUAUCGGUUGGACAACAAAGACCUUCAAGUUAUCAAAAUGCCAAUCUGAUUGGAGGGAGCUGUGGAUCGAUGAUGCAUUUUGGCGUUUCCUAUUUUCUACUAUUUUGCUAGUCAUCAUGUUCCUAUGGAGACCAUCUGCCAAUAAUCAGAGAUAUGCCUUCAGCCCAUUGGUGGAUGAAGUUAGUGAUGAAGAGGAGGCAGAACAACUAAUGAAUGAAGCUUUUGAGGGUGUGAAAAUGAGGGGCAUGAAAACAGAAGCUAAUGGAAGUGCAAAGCCUAACAAAGUGGAUGAAGAUCUAAAAUGGGUUGAAGAAAACAUUCCUUCUUCAAUGGCUGAUGUUGCACUGCCCCCACUGCUGGACUCUGAUGAGGAAAUCAUGACCACAAAAUUUGAGAUGUCCAAAAUGGAGUAGAAGUGUGGUGUGUGUACAUGUUGUAAAUAUUGAGUGUCUGUGACUAUGAACAAUGGUUUUACCCAAAAAGUAAAUUAUGUAAAUAUGGGAUGCUGAUAAUGAAGGUACAAACUGAAGGCUGGUUAUUUGUUUUGCUUGUAUUGCCUGUUUGCAUUUAUAUUAUUAUUAUUAUUACUGGAAUGGUGUUGGCCUCUUUGACUGUAAUAUUGCCUUUGCCAUUUGUUUACAUGUCAUAAAUACAAAAUGUGAUUAAAA